AGAGGGGUCACCGGUAAACAUGGCGGCGCGUGCCGGGGCGCUGUGGCGGCGCGCGCGGCUGCUGGUGCCCGUGAGCGCGCGGCGAUGCUCUGGGGUGUCGCGCGCUCGCGGGCGCUUCACAUCACAGAGCGCGCGGCAGACAUUCAUCCAGUUCUUCACAGAGCAGCACGAGCACCGGCCCGUACCGUCCGCGCCCGUGCGGCCGCGCGGAGACCCGAGCCUGCUGUUCGUGAACGCUGGAAUGAAUCAGUUUAAGCCGAUCCUGCUGGGCUGUGCUGAUCCCCGCAGUGAGAUGGCCUCGUACCGGCGGGUGGUGAACAGUCAGAAGUGUGUGCGCGCUGGAGGGAAACACAACGAUCUGGAGGACGUGGGCAGAGACGUGUACCACCACACCUUCUUCGAGAUGCUGGGAAACUGGUCUUUCGGCGAUUACUUCAAGGUGGAAGCGUGUUCGAUGGCUUGGCGUCUUUUAACAGAAGUGUAUGAAAUUCCUGCAGAGCGUCUGUACGUCUCUUAUUUCUCCGGGGACGCGGCGAGCGGUCUUCCUGCUGAUGAGGAGACGCGUCACAUCUGGCUCAGUCUGGGAGUGCGUCCGGAUCACGUGCUCCCGUUCGGAAUGAGGGACAAUUUCUGGGAGAUGGGAGAGACGGGUCCGUGCGGGCCCUGCACCGAGAUUCACUACGAUCACGUAGGAAACCGAAACGCUGCUGCGCUCGUUAACGCAGACAAUCCUGAUGUGGUGGAGAUCUGGAAUUUGGUGUUUAUGCAGCACAACAGGCAAGCUGAUGGAGGGCUGCAGGCUCUGCCUCAGGUGAGUGUAGAUACAGGAAUGGGUUUGGAGAGGCUGUUGACGGUGCUGCAGAAUAAACGCUCCAAUUACGACACUGACCUCUUCACCCCACUGCUGUCUGCUAUUCACCAGCACAGCAAGGCCCCUCCCUACAGAGGGAGGACGGGACAGGCUGAUGGAGGGCGAGUGGACAUGGCGUAUCGGGUGGUGGCGGAUCACAUCCGCACACUGUGUGUGUGUAUCGCUGACGGAGUGUAUCCCGGGAUGACUGGACCAGAGUUAGUUCUGAGGCGUAUACUCCGCCGCGCCGUGCGCUUCUCCACCGAAGUGCUGCAGGCUCCCGAGGGCAUGCUGGCCAGCCUGGUGCCCACUGUGACCCACAUACUGGGAGAUGCUUACCCUGAACUGCACACAGAAACUGGCAGGAUUAUGGAGCUCAUUAAUGUAAACGAGGCUCAGUUCCUCUCAUCUCUAAAGCAGGGCAGGAGAGUGAUCAACAGAACCCUUAGUAAGAUGAACAGAGACUCUGUUGAGUUUCCAGCCUCCGUGGCCUGGUCCCUCCACCAGAACCUGGGCUUUCCUCUCGACCUCAUAGACCUGAUGCUGGAGGAGCACAACAUGACCGUAAACAAAGAUGGACUGGAGCAGCUCGCAGCUGAAAAUAAAAAGUUGCAGAGUCAGACUGAGGGGGGCGCUGGAGAGAGAGGACUCCACAUGGACCUUCAGAGUCUUGCAGAGCUCCAGAGUAGAGGAGUUCCGUACACCAACGACUCUCUGAAAUACGACUACAGCCUUCGGCAGGACGGCACUUACGUCUUUCCCCCCUGCAGUGCGUCAGUGUUGGCGCUGUACUGUGGUCAGUCUCUGGUGAGGGAGGUGUGUGAGGGGCAGAGGUGUGGGGUGGUUUUGGACCAAACCUGUUUCUACGCCGAGCAGGGCGGACAGACGCACGACCAGGGCUACUUCACCAAGAACGGCCUGCAGGACGCGCUGUUUCCUGUAGAUUGUGUGCGUCUGGCUGGAGGUUACGUGGUUCAUGAGAUAACUGCAGCAGAGACUCUGAGAACUGGAGACCAAAUCCAGCUGCAUGUGGAUGAGACUCAGCGUCUGGCCUGCAUGGUGAAGCACACUGCCACCCACGUGCUGAACUUCGCUCUGCGGGAGCUGCUGGGGUCCGGAGUCGUUCAAAGAGGAUCCCACGUCACUGCUGAACGAAUUCGCUUCGACUUCAGCUCUGAGGCGUCUCUGAGUGUGUCUCAGCUGCAGGAGGUGGAGACGAUGGUCCAGGCCAUCAUUCAGCAGAAUGAAGAAAUACACACACAAGAAAUUCCUGUGGCCAGAGCCAAUCAGAUUGCAGGAUUGAGGACGGUAGAUGAGGUGUAUCCUGACCCGGUGAGAGUUGUGUCUGUGGGCGUACCUGUUCCGGAACUGCUCAGUGGCCACGCCUUCAAACGCACCUCCAUUGAGCUCUGCUGUGGAACGCAUUUGCUGCAGACAGGAGGAAUCGGGGAUUUAGUUGUUGUGUCUGAGAGACAGAUGGUAAAGGGCAUGAGUCGCAUCAUUGCUGUAACGGGAAAUGAUGCCAAACAGGCUCGGGAGGCGGGGCAAUCGCUGCUGCAGGAGGUGGAGUCUCUGACUGCACGAAUCACAGCGGACCGUUCUCCUUCCUUAGCCACUGUUCAGAGGCUUUCUAAAGAAGUCGGACUGCUGACGGACGCUGUGGAGGGUACUCCUAUCCCGCAGUGGCAGAGAAGAGAGCUCCAGACUCGACUGAAGGCUUUACAGAGAAACGCAAACACAACCAUCAGAAAACUGGAGAUUAAAGAGGCUGCAGCUAAAGCUAAGGUGCUGCUGAAGAGACACGCUAAUAAAGCGGUGCUGGUGGACACGGUGGAGGCCGACUCCAUAUCAGUGGUGAUGAAGACGGUGAAUAAGCUGAGUGAACUUGCUCCAGACUCUCUGAUCAUGCUCCUCUCUCAUCUGCAGCCAUCAGGAAGAGUACUGUGUGCUUGCCAAGUGCCAAAGGGGGAGGGUGGUGUAUCUGCGAGUGAGUGGGCUCUGGCAGUCUGUAGUAAUUUGGGGGGAAACGCUGGUGGUUCAGAGACUGUAGCUAAAGGAGUCGGAACAGCAGGAAACACUGCUGACCUGCUGAAGACGCUGCACUGGGCCGAAGAGUUCGCCCACAACAAACGCCAGCACACACACUGAACUCAACACACACACACACACCCUCACUCAUAUACACAGCUCAAAAGGAUGAGUAUUCCUUUAAUCCUUAAAAAACACUUUCCUUUGUUUUAAAAGGAAGUAAACUCUGUUAUCAUGCUGAAUGUGCUGUGUAUAUAAUGGACUAUGCAAUGUAUUAUUUUUUUUAUAUAUAUAUAAUUUAAAAUAAAAUAUGCUACAGAUUCUUGUGAA